AACAUAUUACUGUUGAUGGAAAAUACCUAGACAGUGACGUCAUUCCAAAGCCUACUAUUCUGUUCGAGCCCGGAACGCAUUCACAUCAACAUGGCGAUGGUACAACGGAACCAUACAAAGUGAGGAAAAACAUAAACUCACUAAGUCCAUUUGAAAUGCUGUCCUUGGCUAGAGCUCUGAAAUCAAUGCAAGCCGACUCAUCUGCUGAUGGUUACCAAGCCAUUGCCUCAUUCCACGCUCUUCCUCGUCUGUGUCCUAACCCAAAAAGCGCUGAAAGAUACGCCUGCUGCGUUCACGGCAUGGCCACAUUCCCACAGUGGCACAGACUGUACACCGUGCAGUUUGAAGAUGCACUCCGAAGACAUGGAUCACAAGUUGGAAUUCCAUACUGGGACUGGCUGCGUCCAUCGAAAUCUCUGCCACCCCUACUAACCAUAUCCUCCAUCCACGAUCCAAUCAACCACAUGGACAUUGAGAACCCCUUCCUGAAAGCUAAGAUUGAAUUUGAGAGCUUAGAAACUGAGAGAGAUGUUGAUAGCAGCAAGCUGUUUAUCCAGGCGAGCUACAAGAAUUGGUUUGUCCAGCAGGCGCUUCUGGCUCUAGAGCAGGAAAACUAUUGCGAUUUUGAGAUUCAGUUUGAGAUACUACACAAUGGAGUGCACUCGUGGGUUGGUGGAAGCAAGGUACACUCAAUGGCUCAUCUCCAUUACGCCUCUUAUGAUCCUGCCUUUUACGUCCAUCACGCAGAGACCGACAGACUUUGGGCAAUCUGGCAAAAACUUCAAGAGUUCAGAGGUCAGGAUGGCAGCGAGAGCAACUGCGCCAUCGAUCUGAUGAAGGUCCCUCUAAAACCGUUCAGCUUUGGCAGUCCGUACAAUCUGAAUAGCAAAACGAAAGAAUUCUCCAAACCGUCAGACACUUUUGCUUACAAAGAACGAUAUGGCUACGUCUACGAUUCACUGGACUUUAUGGGGCUUGACACUGCAAGGCUUGAUUCUUUCAUCAAGGAAAAGCAAGAGGGUGAUCGAGUGUUUGCUGGAUUCCUUCUGAAAGGAUUUGGGUCUUCAGCAUCCAUUUCAUUCGAC